GGCCUCUCCAGCUUUAUAAUGAAUGGGACACUGGUCACUGAGUUCCUCAUCCUGGGAUUCUCAGAAAUGCCUCACCUUCGGGUACCACUUCUUCUCAGCUUCCUCUGCCUAUACACGGCUGCAAUCUCAGGAAACCUGCUCAUUAUGGUGACAAUCAGUGCCAGCCCAGCCCUGCAUACCCCCAUGUACUUCUUCCUGGUCAACUUGGCCAUGGUGGACAUCCUUUGCACCUCCACCAUCCUACCCAAACUACUGGACAGCAUGAUGGCAGGAAGGACCAUCUCUUAUGGGGGCUGCAUGGCCCAACUCUUCUUUUUCACAUGGUCACUGGGAGCAGAGCUUCUGCUCUUCUCAGCUAUGGCCUAUGACCGCUUCGUGGCCAUCUGCUGUCCCCUGCACUACAGUGCUUGGAUGGGCCCCAGGGUGUGUGCAUUCUUGGCUGGCAUUGUCUGGACCAUCAGCCUGACUAACACCAGCGUUCACACAGGCCUGAUGUUGCGUCUACCAUUCUGCAGCUCCAAUGUGAUAGAGCACUUCUUCUGUGAGAUUCCCCCACUGUUGAAGCUCUCCUGUGCUCCAACACAAUUGAACGAGGCCAUGGCCUUUGCUGCAGAUGUGUUCCUGGCUGUAGGGAACUUCUCUGUGACCAUUCUCUCCUAUGGCUUUAUUGUGGCCAGCAUCCUGAAGAUACGCUCAGCUGAGGGCAAGCGACGGGCAUUCUCCACCUGCUCUGCACACCUCAUCGUGGUCACCAUGUACUACUCCACUGUCAUCUAUACCUACAUUCGCCCUUCGUCCAGCUACUCACUGAACAAGGACAAGGUGGUGUCCAUCAUCUACACCUCGGUGGCACCCACCUUGAACCCCCUCAUCUACACUCUGAGGAACAAGGAUGUCAAAGUUGCACUCCGGAGACUUCUCUCCUGCUGCUGAGCCUGUGCCAGCACCACUGCCUUCAGCCCUGCU